AUGUCCAAACUCCGCUACUAUAUCAUCGAUGUCUUCUCAUCCAUUGCCUACCAGGGUAAUCCCCUCGCAGUGGUAGACACCACAUCCACCACCCUCACCUCGACCCAGAUGAAACUACUAGCAAGACAAUUCAAUCUAUCGGAAACAACCUUCAUAUGUCCCCCAGCGGACCCCAAAGCUACCUGGCGUCUGCGAUCAUUUCUGCCCAACGGAGUAGAGGUUUUUGGAGCUGGUCACAAUUCGCUCGGUGCGUGGUGGUGGAUUGCAGAUUCAGGGCUUUUGGGAGACAUCGCACAAGAUAGAGAAUCCGGUCAGACCUAUUUCCAACAACUAGGCGAUAAUAUCCUACCGGUUGAAGUGUCGCGAUCAAAGCUAGGAGAUCUUGUUGUCUCGAUGAGGCAGGGUCAACCUCAGUUCUUGAACCAACAUGCCAACCAUGAUUCCCUUGCUACAUCUCUUGGGAUCGACGCCUGUGACAUUGGACUAAGGUGCUCGGAUGUUAUACUCGACCGGGCAAUGGUGGUUAGCACUUCACCUGCUCGUCAUCUUUUAAUUCCGAUCCGAAGCCUUGAUGUCCUGAAAAAUGUCAGCUUUGCCGACAAAGACGGGAUCUCAAAGGAGCUCGCUAGUACCGAAAGCUAUAACAGUGGGGUAUACGUUUUCACCGAAAAUGAGUCCGAAUCAAAGACUCCGAGAUUUGAGGCCCGGUUUUUCAGUCCGGGGAUGUCAAUGGAAGACCCCGCUACGGGUUCGGCUGCUGGGCCUUUGGCUGCUUACUUGUGGGCGAACAAUGCCCUGAUAUCUGUGGAGAAUGGAGUAUCUCGGAUCGAAGUCGUGCAGGGUGUACAGACUGGGAGGAGAUGCCUGAUGAAUUUGAGCAUCGAACCGAAUAAAGGAGAUUCAGUUAGCAUCACGAUCUCCGGAACUGGCGUGCUGGUUGCAGAUGGAAACAUUAUGAUUCCUAGCUCUAGGGUUUCAUUUUGA